AUGGGGUUUGCUGGUUUGGUUUUCAGUAAUGAUUCAAUUCUUUCUUCUCAGUCACUGUCAUCUGAAGUAUCCCACAAGGUGGAGAUGAACAAUGGCAUUGUGAAAAUCACUGUGUCACGUCCCUAUGGUAAUUUACGGGGAAUAAAAUACCAUGGAGUGGAGAAUUUGCUUGAUGAUGAUCUCGAUAGAGAUGAUAGAGGGUAUUGGGAUUGCUCCUGGGAAGACGUGAAUGGUAGUAACAGUAAACAAUCGAUGAUUUUAGGAGACCGAUUCCAGGUUAUAAUGCAAACUAAUAAUCAAGUUGAGGUUUCAUUCAAGACAACAUGGAAAUCUUCCGAUCCAUUGCCUGCUUUAAAUGUAGACAAAAGGUAUGUAAUGCUGAGUGGCUCCUCCGGGUUCUACACUUACGCCAUAUACGAACGCUUAAAAGGAUGGCCUGGCAUGUUUCUCUGGGAAACCAGGAUUGUUUUCAAGCUUUCUCAAAAGUGGUUUCAAUACAUGGCAAUCUCAGACACCAGGCAGAGGAUAAUGCCGACGAUUGCAGACCGAGAGAGAGGUCAAUCCCUUGCCUACCCAGAAGCUGUUCUGUUGAAAAAUCCAAUGAAUUCUGAGUUGGAAGGAGAGGUGGAUGAUAAAUACCAAUACUCAAGUGAAAGCAAAAAUGACAGGGUGCAUGGGUGGAUCAGCUUAAACUCAGGAAUAGGAUUCUGGAUCAUCACACCCAGUUAUGAGUUCCGUACGGCUGGACCUCUCAAGCAAGAUCUUACUGGCCACGUUGGCCCCAUCUGCCUCUCUAUGCUUAUGAGUGCUCAUUACACUGGAGUUCCUCUAAAUGUUACAUUUGAAAAUGGAGAGCCAUGGAAGAAGGUUUUUGGUCCUGUUUUCAUCCAUCUAAACUCGGUUUCAGACAAAACAAAAGCCACUUCGCUGUGGGGCGAUGCUAAACAACAGACGUGGAAAGAAAUUAUAAGUUGGCCAUAUAGCUUCCCACACUCACCAGACUUCCUUAAGUCUGAUCAACGUGGAUCUGUCAUCGGUCAAUUAUCAGUCCAAGACCAAUACCUUAAAGUUGGGAAUGGGCCCGCAAGGUUUGCACAUGUGGGUUUGGCUGCACCAGGAGAUGCAAGAUCAUGGGAAUACCAAACCAAGGGUUAUCAGUUCUGGACUCGAACUGAUGAGCAUGGGAAUUUCUUCAUUAAAGCCGUCCUACCUGGGGCCUAUAAUUUGCACGCAUGGGUCUCUGGUGUUAUGGGAAAUUACAUGUAUGAAGCUACUGUUACCGUUACUCCAGGAUCUGUAACCAAACUGCCUCCACUUGUAUUCAAGCCUCCAAGAGAUGGCCCUACACUUUGGGAAAUCGGCAUCCCCAACCGGCAUGCUGCCGAAUUCUAUGUGCCCAAUGUCACCAAGAACAUUAACACAUUAUACUUGGAGCAGGACAAGUUCCGACAAUAUGGAUUAUGGGAGAGGUAUGCAGAGUUAUAUCCUGAGAACGAUCUUGUCUUCACAGUUGGCACUAGUGAUUUUGCAAAAGACUGGUUCUUUGCUCAUGUGUUAAGGAGAUUACCAGAUGGAAAAUUCAAGGCAACCACAUGGCAGAUUGUAUUUGAUCUUCCAAAGGUGGACAAAGCCAGAACUUAUAAACUCCGAUUGGUGUUGGCAGCAGCUCAUAUGGCUGAAGUUCAGGUUCGGGUGAACCGCAGAGACGCCAUCAGGCCCGACUUUACAACAGGACCAACAGGGAGAGAUAACGCCAUUGCGAGACAUGGGAUUCAUGGGGUGCAGCGCUCUUUCACUGCUGCUCUACCAGGAUCCCUAUUUGUGAAUGGUCGCAACACAAUCUUCCUGCAUCAGCCAAGAAAUCAAGAGGCUUUCCAAGGAGUAAUGUAUGAUUACAUCCGUUUGGAAGGUCCUCCUCAAAGCACACAUUGA